UUCAGACACAAUACUGAGGAAACCAUAAAUGGAACGAGAAGACGGAGAAAUUCAUCUGCCAGCCCAUUUUACCAGAUGCUGUUAAAUCCCAACAUAUUUCAGACGUAAUAGUAGCAACUGACAUGGAUGUUUCCCAGGAGAAAUAACUUUAUCCUAUACAGCAAAACAAACACAAAUUGCAAAAAUGGAACGAAACUCAUCAGUGGAGUUGGGAAUAACAUCGUGGUCCCCAUCUCAGGAGAACAACAACUGGGUAAAAAUAGACGCUUUAGCAUAUGACAUAGAAACGUAUUACUUGUGGGCAAUACUUGCCUUAGGUUUUCCAGGAAACUGUUUCACCAUCAUCACAAUCAUCAGGAUGUCCCCUCCACGUUCCCUCACAGUCUACAUCGCCCUGCUCGCCAUCGUCGACAACCUCGCAAUCGUCAACAAGCUUCUGAUGUUCGUCCUCACGGACAACGGAGUUCAGGUUGGAACAUUUGGCUGCAAGUUUCUGGGAUUCUUUGGUAACUUCCUCAUCACCUAUGGCAACUGGCUCCUUGUUGGGCUCUCUGUGGAGAGAUUUGCUGCGGUGUGGUUCCCCUUCCAGAUAGGCAAGAUCUGGACCUUCAGGAAAUCAUUGACUGUCGUGAUGUCUAUAACCUUGCCCCUUGUUGGUCUAUUUCUUCAUCUUUUCUGGACGAUGGAUUACCGUUACUAUGCUUCCACCAAAAGCGUGUUCUGUAAAAUCAACGAGAAAUAUAUCUAUUUCAUGGUUCACGUAUGGUACUGGAUCAACGUUCUCGUGUAUGCCGUAGUACCGUGUGUCCUGCUUCUCGUCUUCAACCUUCUCAUCAUUGUGGGCAUUGUCAACUCUACCAAGACUCACAGGUAUCUGAACAGAAGCGGCUCGAACAGUGAUGCUAAUGCCCCAGCUGAUCGACAGCGCCAAAUCACCAUCAUGCUCGUUACAUCAGCGAUUACUCUUGUGGUUUUGACUACACCAAGAUGUGUCUUGCUCAUCAUGUCCCCCUACCUGAACCCACCCAACAAGUCAAUGGAGGGAGCGGUUCUUUAUCUCAUCGACACGAUCGCCUAUAUCUUGUGUGACUCAACCCAUGCUAUCAACUUCUACCUCUAUUCCUUGAGUGCUCGGCGAUUCAGAUGUCAAUUCCUUGAAUUUUGUUGUAAACGUAAAUCUGCCAAUGUGAGCUCCCAGUAUAUCAGUAUGUGCAGUCGUCCUGUACACAACUCGACACAAUGGCCGCACAGUGCUGACACAGAACUACAUCUUAAAUCCGAAGAGUGAGCGAGUGAGAUAGUGACAGUGAGUGAGUAGAUGGGUGGGUGUUUGAUUGAUUGAGUGUC